AUGAAUCUCGUUGACAACGAAUUUUUAAAUAGACUAGAAUUUUAGUAAUACUACGCAGAUGGUGGUUAAAGCAAAAUAUUUUUGGUUUAAGAUAAACUUACAAAUACUAAAUAUGUAGUGAAGUAAGCUAUGGUCCAUCAAAAUGAAAAAUUCUAAGAAAACUUAAUACAUGAAGCAGCAAUAUAUGCGAAGUGUGGUCAGAUAAAAGGAGUCCUUAAGUUUGUAAAUUUUGUUCAAUUCUAAACUAUUGACCAAUUAAAAAUUCAAACAAGCCUCAUUAUUGAACACGCUCAAUAUGGAUCUCUACAAUCGAUUCAACAAUUCACCAUACCUUUUCUUGAAGGGUCUGCAUUUGUGAUAAUAAAUUAGGUUUCUUAAACUCUACUGUAACUUCAUCAGAGGCAAAUUGCUCAUUUAGAUAUAAAAGAAGGAAAUAUAAUGAUUGGAUUCGACAAGCUGAACUAGCAAAAUAGACUUUGCGGAGGUCUCCCAAUAAUCUUUAAAGUUGGAGAUUUCGGUAUAUCAAGAGAUAUGAGUGUUGAGGAUCUAAAAAAAAUGAAGUUCAAUCAGGGUACUCCGAAAUUGAUGGCACCAGAACAGUUUAUAGCAAAAGAAGGUCAAAUAAAAAAUCCAUAUAAAUUAGAUGUCUUCUAGCUCGGUAUCGUUCUUUUUCACCUCGUAUUUAAAGAGUAUCCGUUCAUACCGAAUGCCUACGAGGACAAGAAUAGUCGGGAUCCUAAUUUUGUUCAAAAAUUUUUGACAGAUAAGAGAAAUAAGCACUCCAAAAAGAUAUCCCCAGAAUUGGUUGACCUUCUUUCUUAAAUGCUUCAAUUUUAACCAGACAAAAGAAUAAAUAUGACAGAUGUCAUUGGAAGUUCUUGGUUUAAAAUGCAAGAAAAUAUCCUCUAAUUUGACAAUGCAGCAUACAUGGCAGUCCGUAACCAACUGUUUUAGAAAAUGACAUAUAUAACAAAUAUUACGAAAGUGAAGAUUCCUCUAGUUUCUAAUCAGAAGUAGAGUUAAGCUAGUAUUUCGUAGAUAUCAGAAAAUAAUAUCAACAUUCGAAAUAUGGGGCCUUAGAUAUCUACUAAAUAGGAUUCUUAGGUUAAAAAUUCGAAUUAAAAUAGCAGAUAAAGUGACCAGAUAUCGAAUUCGAUUAAUAACACGCCAUAAAUAUAAUCAAAAUUCGAAAAUAAUGAUCAAUUUUCGAUGGAUUUUAUAUCAAAUUAUGAUUAUACAGAUAAAAACACAGAGUUUAUAGAACUUAGCAGGAAGUUUCAAAAUUAAGAUUAACAAAGCUAUAACUUCGAUGAAUUCCCAAAUAUGGACAAUUUAUCAGACUCAACAGACGGCCAAGCAGAUGACUCUCCAAUGGAAGUCUAAUGA